AUGGCCUCCCCACCCCCCAUCCUAAUCCUCGGCGCCAGCAUCGUCGGCCUAACCGCCUCCCUCGCCCUCACGACCGCCGGAAUCCCCAACAUAACCCUCGAAAAGCACACCCAUAUCUCUGCCCACCCGCGCGCAAUGGGCUUCACACCACGCACAAUGGAAUACUACCGCAGUCUCGGAAUCGCGGAACAGAUCCCGCAAGCACCAGCCGAUUUCACUCUCCUGCGGGCGCGCGUGCACAGUCUUGCAGGGGAAUGGUUCGAGCGGACGGCUUGGUCGAAGGUUGAAUCUGAACCCAAUCCCAACCCCAAACCCAACCCCAAACCCAAGGUCCAGCCAACCCCGAAGCGAAAGCCGAAGUUCUCGUCACUGAGAGGAGCGGCGAUCCCGCAGGAUAAGCUGGAGCGGAUACUUGAGACGACGGCCUUGGCGCGGGGAGCGGAUAUUAGGCGCGGAUGGACGGUGACUGGGUUUGUUCAGGAUGAGAGGGGCAUCACUGUUACUGCACUCACUCCGGAGGGGGAGAAGACUACUAUCAGGGGAGUGUACCUCAUCGCUGCGGAUGGGAGCAAGUCGACGAUUCGGACGCAAUUGGAUAUCCUCCGGACCGGACGUGGUCAUAUGCAGACUAUGCGCAGCGUGCUCUUCCGGGCUGAUCUCUCGGAAUACGCAACCGAGGUGUUGCAGUUUAAUAUCGAACAGCCUGGUCUUCGGGCUUUUCUGACGACGUAUAAUGAUGGUCGAUGGGUAUUGAUGUUUUACGAUGAUAUUGAGCGCAAUGGCAGGACUCUGCUAUCGUGUAUCUGUGCGGCAAUCGGUCGGGAUGACAUCCCCGUUGAGAUAAUCACUACUGGUCGAUGGGAGCUGACUGCUUGGGUAGCGGAGCGGUUCCGGGUUGGCAGGGUGUUUCUUGUUGGCGACGCUGCGCAUACGUUACCUCCGAAUCGGGGCGGAUAUGGCGCGAAUACUGGGAUUGGGGACGUGGAGAAUCUGGUGUGGAAGAUGAAGAUGGUGCUGGGUGUUGGUGGUGGUUGUCCAGCGGGAGAGGAGUUGCUGGAUACGUAUGAGGUUGAGAGGAGGUCGGUUGCGUUGUUGCGUCAUGAGCAGAUCUUCGCGAGGGCGGAUUAUAAGGUUCAUUUGGAAGAGGGAAGAGAGGGGGGAGAGGUGGUGAGGCUGGAUGAUGACGCAGUGGAGUUUGGACAGAUUUAUCGGUCGAAGGGGUUCCUGGGGGAGGAAGGCGAGUAUAAGGUGCCGUUGGCGCUGCCGCCGGCGUUGAGGCCGGAUGAAUGGAAGGGACAGCCGGGAACGAGGGUGCCGCAUUUUAUGGUGAAGAUGGAGGAUGGGAGGGAGGUGUCGAUUGCGGAGGUGGUGGAUGGGAUGGGGUGGACGGUUUUAUCGGCUGGAGAGAAAUGGAGGGGCGUUGUUGAGGAUGUCAAUGACGGGUUGCAGGUGGUGGGAGGGGUGCGUCAUGUUAGGGUUGGUGAUGCGGAGGAGUUUUGCAGGGCGUUUGGGAUGGAGGAGGGGGCGGUGCUGGUCAGACCGGAUGGGUAUAUUGCUUGGAGGACGGAGGGGGUGGCCGAUGGGUUGGUUGCUGAGCUUGGUAGGGCUUUGGAAACGGUUGCAUUUAGGAAUAGUUCAAAAUGGGGGCUGUUGCUUUGA